AUGGUGCAGCGAGGAAAUCAGCUGGACCAAGAAAGAUUCUGCUGUUCCAUCUGUCUGGAUCUACUGAAGGAUCCGGUGACUAUUCUCUGUGGACACAGCUACUGUAUGAAGUGUAUUAAAGACCACUGGGACUCAGAGGAGCAGAGGAGGAUCUACAGCUGCCCUCAGUGUAGAGAGGCCUUCGCACCGAGGCCUAUACUGAUGAAAAACAUCAUGUUAGUAGAUUUAGUGGAGGAGCUGAAGAAGACUGGACUCCACGCUGCUCCUGAUCAUCACUGCUAUGCUGGAGCUGAAGAUGUGGCCUGUGAUAUCUGCACUGGCAGGAAACUGAAAGCUCUCAAGUCCUGUUUGGUUUGUUUGGCCUCUUACUGUGAGGAACAUCUCCAGCCUCAUCAUGAGUCACAUGCGUUUAAGAAACACAAGCUGGUGGAGCCGUCCAAGAACCCCCAGGAGAACAUCUGCCCUCAGCAUGAUAAGAUGAUGGACUUGUUCUGCCGCACUGAUCAGCAGUGCAUGCAGAACAAGCAGAGAGACCUGGAUCUGAGUCGAGAAGAAGUCCAGCAGAGACUCAGGGACAGAGACGGAGACGUGAAGGUGCUUCAACAGGAGAGGAAGACUCUUAGUCUCUCUGCUGAUGAAGCCGAGAAGAACACAGACAAGAAGUUCACUGAGAUGAUGCGUGUCCUGCAGAGCAGAAGAAAAGUGAGAUUUAUGAAGAAAGCUCAGUCUUAUCCUCAUCACACACACAGAUUCACUGAUGUUUAUCAGGUCCUGAGCAAAGAGAGUCUGACUGGACGUUGUUACUGGGAGGUGGAGUGGAAAGGAGGAGCAGUUUAUGUUGCAGUGACGUACAAGAACAUCACAAGAUCAGAUUCAGAUUUAGACAAAAGUGGAUUUGGAAACAAUGACAAAUCUUGGGCUUUAUUUUGUAACCAAAACUGGUGUCAGUUUGGUCACAACUGCUUCUGGACGGACCUCUCAGGUGGUUUGUUCUCCAGAGUGGGCGUUUACCUGGACCACAGAGCAGGUCUUCUGUCCUUCUACAGAGUCUCUGACACCAUGACUCUGCUCCACAGAGUCCAGACCACGUUCACUGAGCCUCUCUGUGCUGGAGUUAGUUUUUAUGCUUAUUCACCUGGAGUCACAGCUGAGUUGUGUAAACUCAAAUAA